AUGGCAGACGUGGGCCACCGGUCUUCUCGCCGCCGUCGCUGCCGGCAUCCGACCAAUGGUGACGAGGACGUGUUGCCCAAGCGACCCCGCAGCAGCCUGAAGGAUGGUGAGGAGGGGAAGGACGUGGCCACCAUCCAGCAUCUCCCCCCAGAGAUGCUACUGCACAUCAUCUCCUUCCUGACACUGCCUGACCUGCUGAGACUGGGGCAGACCUGCCGCUACCUCCAUGAAGCGUGUGACAGCGAGGCCGCCUGGCACCACCUCUGCACCCCUCUCCUCUCUGCUGCUGCCAGUGCCCGGCCCUGCAAGAGGGCCGCCAUCCUCAACUACACCAAGGGGCUCUGCCUCCAGAGCCUGGGCUGCCGCCAGCAGCAAGCGCAGAUGGCCUCCAUCCAGGUGGCCUCUGCUGCUGCCUGUUAA